AUGGUAAAAAGAAAGACAAAAAUCACUGAGGAUUUCCAAAACGUCAUACGGAAAUACUCCCUAGACUUUUCAAAGGACACCAUGAAGAUCUUCAAUGACCCCAUUCAUGGUCAGAUUGAGCUGCACCCCCUGCUGGUGAAGAUGAUUGACACUCCUCAGUUUCAGAGACUCCGUCACAUCAAACAGCUGGGAACUAAAUAUCUGGUGUUCCCUGGAGCCACUCACACUCGCUUCGAACACUCCAUUGGUGUGGCGUAUUUAGCUGGAUGUCUUCUCAGAAGUCUUCGUGAUAAUCAGCCAGAGCUCAACAUUACCGAACAAGAUAUCCUGUGUGUUCAGAUCGCUGCUCUGUGCCAUGACAUGGGUCAUGGUCCGUUCUCUCAUUUAUUUGAUGGCAUGUUCAUCCCUGAAGUCCAACCUAGUAAGUAUCUGUGUGGACCAGACAUGGAGAUUCCAGAGGUCUGGACACGGCAUGAGAAAGCCUCUGUUGACAUGUUUCACUUCAUGAUCAAGAAGAAUGGACUGGGAAAAGAGAUGGAAAAAUAUGAACUUAAUGAAGACAUGAGAUUUAUUGAGGAAUUAAUUCUGAAAGGACAAAAAGAUGCUAAGUGGUCAAUGAAGGGCAGGACUGAAGACAAGUCUUUCCUGUAUGAGAUUGUGGCAAAUAAACUGAAUGGCAUUGACGUGGAUAAAUGGGACUAUCUGGCUCGCGACUGUCAUUAUCUCGGCAUUCCUAAUGGUUUUGACCAUGACCGUCUGCUGAAAUCUGCACGAGUGUGUGAUGUGAACAGGAGGAAACACAUCUGCUUCAGGGACAAGGUGGCAGAAAAUGUUUAUGGCAUGUUUCACACUCGAUAUACUCUCCAUCGUCAGGCCCUUCAGCACAAGAUUGGCUACAUCAUCGAUGUCAAGAUCAAGGAUGCGCUUGUACUAGCUGAUGGCCCACUGAAGAUCUCAGAUGCCAUAGAUGACAUGCUGGAGUACACAGAACUCACAGAUCACAUCUUUGAUCAGAUCUUGAACAAGCCAAACACACGUCUGAAAAAGUGUGUUGGAGAGGCCAGAUUGAAUGAAGAUAAAUUAGAGGAAUUACCGGAGACCAGCUCAGAGGGCCAGUCUGGAACUAAUGAAGACAAGAUUAAAAAGUAUCAGGAAAAACUAAGUAAAAACUGGAAGGAAGCAGUCGAGGAUUACAACAAGUCUGCCAGCACACAACUGAAGGAUUCAGAUUUUGAGAUUUGUGUAGGUUUGAACAGUAAAAACUACCUCUUUGUUUUCCUGGUUUAAACUAUUUCUAUAUAGUUUGAGAAAAGCUUUUAAGCAUAUUGUGUGAUUUUGGUUUCACUUGUCGCUGCAGGUAUCCAAGCACAAGAUUCAUAACUGGGUUGUUAGUGUGAUCUUCAAUAUGU